AGAAUGCAACAGUAAUAUUUCCAAAAUGGCUACCAUGUUUAAAAAACCUCGAAGAAAUUUUAGGAGGAAAAUUACGACGAGCGAUUCUGAGGAUGAGAACGAUGGCGAAAAGGAGGAAGGACAUGUGAAAGACACGCUCAACAACGGCAACAACGAUGCGAAAGUCAAAGAAAAAGCCCACAAGAAGCGAGACGUUUCCAACCUUCUCAGUUUCGUCGAUGCAGAAGAAGGUGAUGCCGAAAUUUUCCAAGUCAAAAAAUCUAGUCAUAGCAAACGGAUAGCGAAACAACUAAAGAAGGAAAGUCUAAAAGAGAAAGAGGAAAGAAAGAAGACUGAAGAAGAACAACCAGCGGCACCAAAGACAGCGCCAGCCACUCCCCCUGUUGAGGCACCUCCUGUAGUAAACACGGAAGAAAAGCUACGACGACUCCGGGAAGAGCUGUGUACUCUUAAUGGAGAUGAUGCCCUUAUAAAUGAAGAGCCUGAAAGUGAUGAAGAAACUCCCAAAGAUCGCAAAAUGUUAAGGGCAGUUUUGAAAAAGGGUGAAAUCCCAGAUGCUACCAUGAUACAUAUGAUACGGAAGAAGAGGCAAAUGGCACGAGAGAUGGGGGAUUUCAUUCCGUUAGAUGAAGCUGGAGCUAAAGCUGAGAACUCCAACUCUCGCCUCGUCAGAGAUGAUGACCAUGAUAAAUCGGAUGAUGAUGAUGAUGAAGAAGGAAGAAUAGAUUUCGCUGUCAACAGAGAAGCGAGAGAACGGCAGAAGAUGAAAGAUGAGUUCUUAGCUGCAGAACAUGGUAGUGAUCAAGAAGGAAGUGAUCUAGAAAGCGGGUGGGAAGAACAGCAGAUAAGAAAAGCUGUCAAUCUUCAACAGGUGAGCCGCGAUGAUGACCAACCAACACAGUAUGCAUUGCCUCCUGCAGAGAAAGGGGAUGCUAACUAUAAAGCUGACCAGGCGUCCUAUAUUAACCAAGCUGUGAAAUCCAAUUUCCAACCCUUUUCCCUCACUUCCAAAGGCUCUAAUGAGUUAACUCUAGAACUGAUACAAAAGAAACUUAAAGAGCGCUUAGAUUCAAUAAUGGAAGUACAUCGCAGUCAUGUGAGCGAACAUGACACUCUGUUGCUUCACCUGGAAGACUCUAACAAAGAGAUUGAGGAAGCAGAGAAAAGUUCCAGCGUCCUGGAAGAACGGUUCAAAUUCUUCCAGGAAACAAGAGGGUAUGUCAGAGACUUGGUUGAGUGUCUCAAUGAGAAGGUGCCCUUAAUUCUCGAGUUGGAAGCCCGUAUGGCCUAUUUGCUAAAGCAGCGUGCCGAGAAAUUGACUUUACGUCGACAGCAGGAUGUCAGGGAUCAGUGUCAGGACUACACUGCAAGUAAAGUGAAAGUAGUUUUUGAUGCUGCUGAGGCUAUGCAGAGACGUGUUGCAGAGAGGGAGGCACGCAGGUCUCGUAGGCGAAGGGCUCGUGAAAGCAGAGACCUUUCUGGACAUCACGAAGGUUUGUCAUCCGAUGAUGAAGAAAAUCAAUCUGAUAUAACCAAAUUUAAUUCAGAAAAAAUGGAAAUCUUGCAGCUGACUGAGAAGUUAUUUGAUGAUGUUGAGGAGGACUUCUGUGAUUUAAACAACAUCAAGCGACUCUUUGAAGAAUGGAAAACUAAAAAUGCAGAGUCGUACCAGGAAGCUUAUAUUGGACUUUGCUUACCAAAAUUAUUUAAUCCCUUUGUGAGACUUGAGUUGAUAGAUUGGAAUCUACUCGAGGAAAAUGCUAAAGAUUUCGAAGAUUGUCGGUGGUAUGAGUGUUGUGCAAUGUAUAGCUAUCAAGAUGAAAGCAUUUCACAAGAUGAGGAUAGCAUCAAGUUCAUACCAAGUAUUGUGGAGAAGGUAAUUCUACCUAAGCUAACAGUCAUAGCUGUUGAUGUUUGGGAUCCUCUGUCAACGUCACAGACGUCACGAUUUGUCAACCUGGUUCAGCGGUUGUGCCAAGAUUACCCCACUGUUCACGGAGAAAGCAAAAACACACAGGCAUUAUUGCAGGCAGUGGUUGAGAGGAUGAAAAAGACGUUGGAUGAUGAUGUUUUCAUGCCACUCUACCUUAAAUCUAUCUUGGAAAAUCGGUCCAGUGGUCCAGCUGUAUUCUUCCACAGACAGUCUUGGAGUUGCAUUAAACUAUUAGGGAACAUCCUGAGCUGGUAUCGAGUCCUGGCUACGAAAAUGUUGCACAGCCUCGCUUUGGAAGGGUUACUGAAUCGUUAUAUUCUCUUGGGUCUGCAGACUUCUCCCCUCAAUGCAGAAGUCUUGCAGAAAUGCUCAGCGAUUGUCUCUACAUUUCCUAAACAAUGGUUUGUUGACCUGGAAGAAGACAAGACCAUUCCUCUUUUGGAGAAUUUCUCUCGGUUUCUCAUGACUGCUGCUGAGUCUUUUUGGAAGAAAAGAGACGUCUCUAAAGAAAGUGACAAGGAAAUCAGGGAACACAUUGGUCUCAUUUGUAAACUGCUUAUGAACAUUCAUGCUUACGACCAUGCGAGUAAAUUAUCUGACCUCUACGGUCUAAAGUGAUGUUUGUGUGCACUAGUACACCAGUACGACUUGAAGAAGAACCUUAUCAAAUCUCUUCGCAUUUGGCCGCAGUCCGUCACCUAAACCUGGACUUACUGGUCACUGCUGCCAGUGGCCCGUCCAUUAUCAUCAGUUGAUUGACAGUCUCAACAACAGCAAGAAGAAGAACAACAACAACAAACUGCAUUUAUACUUUCCAGUUGGUUGGUCAACUUUCUUCAGCAAUAACGGUGAUAAAACAGAAAAACUAUUCCAGAGACAACGUGAAAGACAGUUUUUCUUUGCUUUUUUUUUUUUUUCCAAUUAAUCCAUAAAAUAUUGAUCAAGUC